GAACACAAUGCAUCUCUUUACUCUGGUCCUUGGGAUCUGGCUUCUUCCAAAAGUCGACACCCUGACAUGUUAUGAGUGUGUACCGGGACUCUCUGGAAGUUGCACUGAGACAACCAAACAAUGUCCCACAGGAGAUUAUCAGUGUGGAGCAAUCAGAGUUUUAACAUAUGCAGGAAUUUCACAAAUUUCUGAUUAUCAAGCAAAGAAGUGUACUUUGGCUCAAGAAUGUAUUACUGGUUCAGUCAACUAUGGAGUUGUCAAAACCAUGCUGACCAGCAAGUGCUGCAACUCUGACCGUUGCAACAGCCAACCUGUUCCUGAUGCCAGCCAAUCCACUCCAAAUGGCAAAAAGUGCUUCACCUGUGAAGGAGAAACAUGCACUAAAACUGUAAACUGCGAAGGGACUGAGGAUCACUGCAUCAAAACAACAGUGGCUGUAGGAGGAAAUAAGCUGACAGUGAAGGGCUGUGUCUCCAAGACGAUUUGCACAGCUGCUUCAAAUCCGCAGCUUGCAGCAUAUGUUGGAGCAGAAGUGAGCUGCUGUCAGGGCAACUUAUGCAACAGUGCCAGCAGUGCAAGCGCCGGCCUGCUGCUGUUGGUGGGGCCACUUAUUUCUUUGGUCUUGUUCUUUUAGCUGAUGAAGACAGCAGCAUCAUUGCCCAGUUUUUCUUAUCAUAUUGGUGUAACGAAGAGUGUCUGUUGACAGAUUAAUAGAUUGCUCGUGAACUAGACGGGCGGAGCCUCACUGCACUCUCCCUCUCCAGAAAAAAAAGGAAAAGUAGAUGUACAUAGUGUAGGGGCAAAAGUUCGUUUUAAAAGAGUGACUGUUUCGGUUGGGUUUUCUUUGCUUUCAUUCGUGACCGUGUGCGUUCAUGCAACAGUGAGUAUAUUUGAUCUGCUACAGUUUAACAUUAUGUUUAUUUAAUUGGAUAAAGCUGUUACUGCAAUAUGCCAGUCUGGCUCAGCAGACUCGAACAGCGAUUUUCGUAUGUUAGCUUACAUUGUAGCUUAUUAUAUUAUUUUCUGUCAUGCUGUUCCAUAACCUCGGCUGAGUUUUCAUGUGGAAUAUGUUAUUGUAAUUAUUAUAGUGUUGGUUGUGAAUUAUACAGCAAACUAAUGGAUAUUUAUGGCUAAUUUGCUGUCAUGUUAUGUUUCUGCUUCAGAAACCACACACAUUCGAAAACCUCCACAGGCUCUACCAAUAAGCCUCCAGAUGGUCAUCUCCUUAUUUAACUUGCUCAACUACAAUAAAUAAUUCAAGUUCAAGCAAGUCUCUUAUCUUCAUGCAUUCUGACCGAUGCACCCUUGGUGGCCACAAUAAUAAACCAUAAGAAGAGUACAGUCCUAAUUCACUCAUCCAAAACAAUUGGUUUGGUUAGAGUUAACACCCCUUUUCUUCUUUCAGUACAUGCGUGUGUUUGACAAUGGUAAAAACAUUAGUAAGGUACGAUGUAAAUGAAAGGUAAAAUGUUAAUUACUUCUAACGGUUGCUUUUUUCCCUCUUUUUUUUUGAGUGUUUGUGCCUUUAGAAACCAGAUGUAGUGAAAAAUAUUUCAAUGUUAUUGAUGAAA